CAACAGAUAACUUAUACAGCACAGCCACUCUGAACUACCCAAAAUCUUAGCAUUUCAGAAAAAAAAAACCACUAAAAUGGAUUAAAUGCUAGCCGGAACUGAGUACAUCAACCACCAAGGCCGGCUUCCGGAGCCGAGUCAAAUCGAGUCAACCACACCCAGAGUUCUAACCAUUCUGUCAUCGGUGGUAGAGAAGCUGGUGGCAAGAAACGACAGGAUAGCUGAUGAGUUGAGCCAGCAGGCGGUGGUUAGAGUUGGGAAGAGCUUGAACGCAUUUCAUGGGGUGAGGGCACCAAGCAUAAGCAUAGCAAAGUACUUAGAGAGAAUAUACAAGUACACCAAUUGUAGCCCGUCGUGCUUUGUGGUUGGUUAUGUGUAUAUAGACAGGCUGCUGCACAAACACCCUGAUUCACUUGUCAUAUCAUUGAAUGCCCAUAGACUGCUCGUCACAAGUGUUAUGGUUGCUUCUAAGAUGAUCGAUGAUAUGCAUUACAACAACGCAUUUUAUGCUCGAGUUGGGGGAGUAAGCAAUGCUGAACUGAACAAGCUUGAACUUGAACUGCUUUUCCUUCUAGAUUUUGGAGUUUCUGUGAGCUCUAGAGUAUUUGAGAGCUACUGCUUGCACCUGGAAAAGGAGAUGCUGGUGAACGGAACUGCCCUAAAGAUUGAAAGAUCCUUAGUCUCCAAUACUGUUGAUGAUGCCACAGAAAUCUAACUCGGAAAACAGAGAGAGUUGAUCAAGUAGUGGGCUCACCUGACUCAAUUUUUCCUUCAUUUCUUUGUCAAGCUGAAGUCAUGUUUAUCAUUCCCUUUUGUGAAUCUUUGUUACCAAUUCAUCUAUUUCCCUUUCA